UCAUUCAACAGAGGGUUUAGCAGAGUCCUAGUCUAAGAUUAUAUGGUACUGAAACUUGGAAGGCAUAUUCACAGAACAAACAAAUGGAAGAGAGAACCUACCCACAGAACUUGGGAGCAACCUGAAAAUUUAUCAGAGGUAGAUGCAUAAAAAAAGAGGACACCACUAUGGCUGCUACAGUGAACUUGGAGCUUGAUCCCAUUUUUCUGAAAGCCCUGGGCUUCUUGCAUUCAAAGAGUAAGGACUCUGCUGAAAAGCUGAAAGCGCUUCUUGAUGAGUCUUUGGCCAGAGGAACUGACUCAAGCUAUCGUCCAUCUCAGAAGGAAGUAGAGCAACCAAAAGUAUCUGUUACCAAACCUAUUUCCAGUAAGCAAGAGCCUAAAGCUUCUUCUAGUUUGCCUUCUGGCAACAACAAUGGCAAGCCCACUGCAUCAGAAAAGGUGAAAAAAGAAACAGAAAAGAGAUCUGCUGAUAAAAUAAAAGGGGAUACCCCUGAAGGAGCUGAUACACCAAAGAAGCCCAGACUAGAGAAGCAAGAGGCUCGUUCCUCUCCUAUUACAGUUCAGACGAGCAAGGAUUUAUCCAUGCCUGACUUAUCUAGCUUUGAGGAAACCAGUGCUGAUGACUUUGCUAUGGAAAUGGGACUGGCCUGUGUUGUUUGCAGGCAAAUGACAGUUAUUUCUGGGAAUCAGCUAGUGGAGUGUCAGGAGUGCCAUAAUCUCUACCACCAGGAUUGCCAUAAACCUCAAGUGACAGACAAGGAAGUGAAUGAUCCUCGACUUGUGUGGUAUUGUGCCCGCUGUACCAGGCAGAUGAAGAGAAUGGCUCAGAAGACACAAAAACCACCUCAAAAACCAGCUCCUGCAGCGGUUUUAGUUGCACCAGCUGUGAAGGAUCCAUUGGUCAAGAAGCCAGAAAUUAAGUUGAAACCCGAGACCCCACCAACUUUUCUAGCAUUCAAGAGAACAGAAGUCAAGACCUCAGCAGCCAUUUCGGGGAACUCAGCCAGUACAAGUGUUUCCUCUUCAGCAACCAGUGGCCUUACAGGAUGGGCUGCUUUUGCAGCCAAAACCUCCUCUGCCAAUCCAUCAACUGCCAAACUAGGAUCAACAGCACAGAGCGCCAGUGGGAAACCUGCAGCUUCUUCAAACAACCAGAAACCUGUGGGUUUGUCAGGGUUGGCAACUUCCAAAACGGGACUAGGGUCAAAAAUAGCUUCUGCCAACAACAGCACAAACCCUGUUCAGCUGAAACCUCCUCCACCUCUGACACUGGGGAAAACCACUCUUAGCCGCUCGGUAAGCAGCGACAAUGUCAGCAAAGUAGGUCUUCCUAGUCCCAGCAGUACUGCACCGAGCACCAGCAGCCAGGUGAGCAGUGGGAAUGGCAACAGUGGGACUGCGGGUAACAGCGGGGGCAGUGCAAGCAAAACCACGGCAGAUACUGGUAAUCAGUCAACCUCCCUAAAAGGCCCGACUUCUCAGGAAUCUCAGCUCAAUGCUAUGAAGAGGUUACAAAUGGUCAAGAAGAAGGCUGCUCAAAAGAAACUCAAGAAGUAGUAUGGCUGCUUGCUAAUUUUGUUGGUUGUGUUCUGUGAAACAGCAGCGUUGGUGUUUUUCUUAAAGAAAAUCCCCCGGUUACUGGACUGAAACAGUAGUUAAAUCAGGGAAGCCCAAAACCUAUGUUAUACAGGAGGUCAAACUUUGAUAAUCCUAGUAUUCCUUCUGACGUUGCAAAUCUAUGAAUUGAAUAUGUUGGAGGAAUUCCCUAUUAUAUGCUCCUGGUUUUUAGCUCAAAGCACUGAAACUUGAAAUUGUAAAAGUUGGGUAUUUUGGAGUAUAAAAAAAAAAAAGAACAUUUAUGUGGACACGUAAUAAAUUGAACUUACUGAAACUG